UGUAAGUAAAAAACACGGCACCUUUCACCUGCAGGACUGUCACCGCCAAAGUGUCAAUAAUGAUCAGUAUAAAGUCCAUGAUAAUUAUUGGGAUUAUUUGUUUGAACAACCCUGUGCGCCACGACAAACGGCGAACUUAUUUAAAUGUACUUUCUUGUGAGUUUUUCAAUAAGAGGGUGUUGAUAAAUAGCCCCCUGUUCUGUGACCUGUGACAGGAGAGAGUGAGCACAGCUCCGGGGCGUGGAUGGGUGUGGAUGUACCAACACCACAGAGAGAACAGAGAACUCUCUCUGACAAAACUCUCCGUGAUGAUGCUGCCCUCAUCUGUGUGACAACAAGUGUCAAACUCACCAUUUCCUCGUUAAUGUCUCGGCGCUGGAAACCUUCAGCCGGAGGCAACAUCGACCUGGAUCAUGGGGCAACUUACCUUUCUCGUGAUCUUCCUUCUUGAUGCCCUGGUGCGUUUAGGUGCCGCUCAGCACCUUUUACGCGAACGCGUCGGACCGUGGAGACACCGGAUACAGUGGGAAAACAACGGUAAUCGGUUCAGCCUUCUCAGCACUGGGACUCAGUAUCGACCGUCUUCCCAGGCUAGAAGAAGAACCCAACUGUUACCAACCUCAACAAACAGUUAUACCAACAGAGCCGGUGUUCUGGUGGCACCAAGUAGAAUCACCAGAACCAGGUUAGCAGACACCCAGGACCAUUCUCUGCAGAGUGACGCGUCUGUUCUGGGUACGGAUGGAGAUCAGUACUUACUGCUCUCUGGACGUCCAGGGACACUCGGUCGGGCUCCACCGCGGGUGGCGUCUACUGGAGACUUCGUGACUUUUGAACAUCGUUCACAACGGACUACGUCAAACGGCAGCGCCGCGGUCAUACCGGACUUUUCGGGCAGUGGAGUACCACAUGGUGGUCGCAGUACAGCUGAAGAUAACGCCGCAGCGCCGCGGAUCAGACAAUCCGACUUAACUCACAGCCGUGGGAGCUGGAUGAGACCCGAGAGGUCCGAAUUAAUUGCCAGAUCAUCUGUGUCCGUGCCUGGGACUGAUGUCAGUGGGAACGACCGCCGCAUCCCUGAGCACAGUAACGUGGAUGAUGCUCUCAGUCCAACAGAGGAGGCACACGUUUCCCCUGCGGGAUCUUACGACAACGCGUUAGACAUAGAAGUCCACUUUCCUCGUUCAGGUCCGGGUCCGGGUCCGGAUCAGUCAAGAAACAUGGGAGACCCAAGCGAUCCACACAGUAUUUACCACAGAAACUCGGUUUUCUAUAACGUUUACCCUCCGGACCUGAGAAACAGGAACUCUGAGCGUCCUUCACCAGGGACAGGCUACGGAACCAGAUUCUUCCACAAUGGUCUCCCGGACCUUGUUCCAGAUCCUUACUACAUCCAGGCCUCCUCCUACAUCCAAAGAAUGCAGAUGUUUGCACUGCGCUGCGCUGCUGAGGAAAACUGUCUGUCCAGGUCUGCGUAUCAACCGAGUGUGAGUGACCUGGACUACAGAGUCCUGCUGCGGUUCCCACAGCGGGUCAAGAACCAAGGAACGGCAGACUUCCUCCCAGUGAGGCCCAGACACGAGUGGGAAUGGCACAGCUGUCAUCAACACUACCACAGCAUGGAGGCCUUCAGUAACUACGACCUGCUGGACGCCUCCACUGAAGAGAAGGUCGCCGAGGGACACAAGGCUAGCUUCUGUCUGGAGGACACGUCAUGUGACCCGGGGGUUCGACGGCGGUUUGCCUGCACUACGCACACACAGGGUCUCAGUCCUGGAUGCUACGACACAUAUCACGCAAACAUUGACUGUCAGUGGAUCGACAUCACUGACGUUCCACCAGGAGACUACAUACUGAAGGUGACAGUGAACCCCUCUCAGCUGGUCCCAGAGUCGGACUAUUCCAACAAUGAGGUCCGCUGUGACAUCAGAUACACAGGAACCUACGUCCAGGCCAGGAACUGCAGGAUCACGCUGAGCUGACCUGAGUGAAGACGACGUUAGACAUGAAGAACGACCUAGAUUUACAUUUCAAUACAACGUUUGUAGAAACUUUAUUACUGUUUGUAUUUAUACAUAUUAAACGACCAAGACUAGAUAUUUCCUCUUUGUAGAAAUAUUAUUUAUCACUUGUUAUUUAUGGAAUGCAAAUCUUAUAAAGAUGUUUACGACACGAUGAACCAAAACAUCACACACAACACGUAUAAUUGUAAUAAAUCCUUAAAUCCAGGGUUUACCAUUUGUUAAGUUAAUGUGAUAUAUUUUAACGGUACCUACUUUCUCUCCUCUUCUUUUUCAAGUCAUAUUUAAUUCAUUAGCCGCUUUCUGUUUAUAUUACUGUGUCAAUAAAUAAAUUAAAACCUGA